CUUUCAUCCAAGUAAAACCCUUGAAAUAGACAAAAACGACAAUCGCUAGAAAGAGACAAAUGAUACAAUUGACCUUACGUUAUUCCCCUGUUUCUCGUGCUACAGCCAAACUCUUUACCAUAUGUCCGAUGGUCUGUUAGUUAGGUGUCUGCACGUCAUGUAGGCCUUCAGAAAAGGUUGCCUAAUCAUUACGGGACUUGUACGUAUCUUUCCUUAUUCGGCAUUCCGUCCGUUCCUCUUCCUGAUCUGGAUGGCUUUAACUGGUGGCCGCCGGCACGCAGUGUUUCUUUUCUGGUGCCCUGGUGCUCGUCUAUCCUUUCGGCGUCGCUUCGUUCUUCCGGAUGAAUAUUUUCUCUCCUGCCUAUGUCCCUUUUUGAACGUCGUGGUUUUCUAUGAUUUGUCCUUUCUGGUUACUGGUGAUAUCUUUGGCUUGUUUCUCGUCUUGUCCUGGUCGGUUAUCGCCGGUUACUCCAGGUUGCGGACCUCUGGUAGGACAGCCCUGUCCAGCGGUUACGGUAAGCUAAAAUGGCAAAUGUAGACUGUAUGAACA